UACUUUAAUAUACAUCCUCAUCCCCGAACGCCUUUGUGCUUCAGCCGCUCUUUGCAACCCACCAAGUCACUCUUUUUUCCACUCUUUUUGUAUAUCCAGUUACUCCCUCAGGUUAAUCGCCAAAUAAUCAAAUCUACAACCGUCAACAUGUUCGCCAAGAUCUCCAUCGCUGCUCUCUUUGCUGGCCUCGCUGCCGCCUACCACGCCCCCGUCGGCGAGCCCAACGGCAAUCCCAUCACUCGUCCUCUCAACGAGAUCGUCCCCGCUGGCAAGGCCUUCGAGAUCACCUGGACCCCAACCACCUCCAACACCGUCUCCCUCGUUCUCCUCAAGGGACCCGCCAUCAACGUGAUCCCCCAGUACGCCAUCGUUGAGGGUAUCCCCAACUCCGGCAAGUUCUCCUGGACUCCUGAUGCGGCUCUCGAGGCCACCGCCGGCCCCAACGGCUACGGCAUCCAGAUCAUCGACGACGUGAACGGCCAGUUCCAGUACUCGACCCAGUUCGGCAUCUCCAGCUCCGGCAAGGUCUCGAGCUCUGCUCCCGUCCCCAGCAAGUCCGCUGCCCCAGCUCCUUCCUCCAGCGGAUACGCCGUCGUCCCCUCCGGUGUCCCCACCACCAUCAAGACCUCUGCUGCCCCUAGCUCCACCCCCUGCACCACCACCACUGCCUACGUCCCCGCUGGCACUGGCUCCGUCUACCCUCCCAGCAACGGCACCAUCCCUGCUGUCCCCACCGGUGCUCUCCCCCCCAAGCCUUCCUCUCCCGUCGUUGGUGGCAACAGCACUGCUCCUUUCAUCGGCGCUGCCUCCGGUCUCCAGGCUGGUGUCGGCCUUGCCGGUGCCGCUGCUGCCCUCGCCAUGUUCUUGUAA